CUGAUAAUUUGUGAUUCACCACUUUGAGUGUGCUCACAAUCACCGAUGCAGCAGCGCUGUUCCCACCUCUUAAGACCGCCGAAGCUGCUCUUGUCCAGACCUAAGGGAGGCAAAGCGCCACUGACGACUCGCUCGAUCACUUCACGACGGUUCACGGACUCGAACAGCUUCUAUAGGUGUUCUCUGACGCUAAAGCUCGGCCAUGGGUGAUGGCAACGAGAACAAUCCCUUUCUUCGGGCAAUGGUGCCUCCCCGCGCCAUCAUCUUUGACAUUGGAGGUGUAGUGGUGGGAUCACCAUUGGUGGGCAUCAACCUCUACGAGCAGGAGAAGGGCUUGCCGCAUGACUACAUCAACGUCGGCAUCACAGCGCGAGGUCGCAAGGGAGCGUUUCAGCGUUUCGAAAGGAGCGAAUUGGCUUUGUACGCUUUCUACAAGACUUUUGGAGAGGAGUUGAGCGACUUGAACAGCAUGAACAGGUGGUACACUGAGUUCUGCAAGGCGAGGAGGAGAGAGGUGCCUCAGUUGCCAACGGACUUGCAGAUCGACGGCCGGCACCUGUUCGGGCUGAUGAUGAAGCAAUCGACCAGGAUAGACCCUCUCAUGGAGACAGCCUUGAAGCGUCUUCGAGCAUCGGGCAAGUUUCGUCUUGCAGCCUUGACCAACAACUUUGCUCCACCUACCGCCGCAUCGCCGGAAAACAGCGGUGGAGAGUCUGCACACGCCCCCACAUUGGAAGAAGAGCUGGAGCAUCUAGGCAUUUCAAAAGAGUCGCAAAGGAUACGGGACUUCUUCGACGAGUACAUUGAAAGCGCAGUAGUUGGAAUGCGCAAACCGGAAGAAGGUAUCUAUCUGUACGCCCUGGACAAGCUCAAAGUCAGACCGGACGAGGUGGUGUUUCUGGACGAUAUUGGUCACAAUCUCAAAGCAGCUGCCAAAUUAGGAAUCAGGACCAUCCGCGUCAGCGCCGCAUCUUGUCUGCAAGCGCUCAGGCAGUUGGAACAAGAGACGGGCAUCGAAUUGCUCGAUGAGCGCCAGGUCGAGUUCGAGAAAGAAAGAAUUAGAGAAGCGGAGAUGGCCAAGAAUGCUCGGAAACCAAAGUUGUAGCUGUUGGAUCCAUCGCAGGCAUUUGCUGGUCAGCAUCACGCCGACUGAUUGAAUAUGAUCUUCGGAUUAUCAAGCUUCGCAUGUAUGUGAGCUCCGCGUUGAUAGCCUUGCGCAUCAAUGCAGGCAUACUCUGGCAUAAAUCUAGCGCGACUGUCUGCCAGUGCCAUGCCCCGACGACGUCGGGCGAACGAGACGUAGCAUGCAAGGUCGCUCAUCUUCAAUGACAUGUCGAAUGUCUGGUGUCCGGU